GAAGAAAGAGAGAAGAGAAAGGAGAGAAGAAAAAGAGAAGAAAUAAAAGAAAGAGAAAAGAGAAUAGAAGAAAGACUAAAAGAUAAAAGGGAAGGGAAUAUAAAGGAAGAAAAGGGAAAAGCCUCUAGGAGAAUAUAAGAGAAGAGAAUGUAAGAGAGGAGAAGAGAAUGUAUGAACCCUUCCCUAGAGAGAGGGUCAAAGCCAUGGGAGCUGGAAGCACUCAAAUGUCAAGAGGAAACUGGCGACCUGCAUUGUUACAGCAUCCAGCAGGAUGAUUAG